AUGGCGUAUUCAGAGAAAAGUGCGCUCACAAACCACAAUCACGAAACUGGUAAGGAAACCAAAUCUACUGUACCAACAGAGAAGCCUGAACAGGAGGUAAAACCUUACGAGAUGCACUUCACCGAGGUGGAGGAGGUGAAGAAGCAGAACAACAGAGAUAAUGAAAGCCAGCGGGCCUCGGUGGAGCAACAGCCCGAGUUUGAACACCCUGAGGGGGGCUGGGGCUGGGUGGUCAUGCUCGCCUCCAUGUGGUGCUCUGGGUCGGUGUUCGGAAUCCAAAACAUCUUCGGGAUCUUAUUUGUGUUUAUGCUGAAGGAGUUCGGAUCAGAGUUUGAUGCUGACCUGCGCUUCAGGACAGCGUGGGUGGGCUCUCUGUCCAUAGGGAUAGUAGAUGUCUGUUCUCCCAUCGUCAGUGUGUUUACAGACGUGUUUGGCUGCAGGAUCACAGCGGUGAGCGGGGCUGUGGUUGGGCUUGUUGGCCUCCUUGCCAGUUCAUUCGUUAAGUCUCUGGGCCUUAUGUACUUCACAUAUGGUGUGGUGUUUGGAUGCGGCUGUUCAUUUGCAUAUCAGCCAAGUUUCAUCAUCCUAGGACAUUACUUUAAGAAGCGUUUGGGUUUAGUGAACGGCGUGGUGACAGCGGGGAGCAGCGUCUUCACCGUGUCUCUGUCCCUGCUUCUUCCGUCUCUGCUGGACCGCGUUGGCCUCCACAACACCCUGCGCGUCCUCUGCAUCCUCAUGUUAGUGCUCGUGCUGGCCGGAUUCACCUACAAGCCCCGCCUCCCUCAGAGGGUGGAGUCCAAGAAGGUCUCGUUAAAGAGGAUCUGUAAUGUCCAGAUCUGGAGGAGUCUAAAUUAUAGGAUCUGGACCUUCGGAAUGCUGACCUCACUGUUUGGAUACUUCGUUCCCUACGUCCACCUGAUGAAGUAUGUGGAAGAGCAUUUCGGUCCCGAUACAAAUCAGCAGGUGUUACUGGUGUGUCUCAGUGUUACGUCUGGUGUGGGACGUCUCAUCUUUGGCCGUGUGGCUGACUUUGUCCCUGGAGUUUACAAAGUCUUAAUGCAGGCGGUAUCCAUCAUGCUGCUCGGCGUGAUGACGAUGCUGAUCCCGGUGUGUAACGUGUUCGGCGGUCUGAUCGCUGUGUGUUUACUGAUGGGACUGUGUGACGGCUGUUACUUCUGCAUUACGGCUCCCAUCGCUUUUGAUCUCGUCGGCUCCGAGAACGCCUCCCAGGCCCUCGGCUUUGUGCUGGGUAUGAUCUCUGUGCCUAUGAUCACGGGUCCUCCUAUUGCAGGGAUCCUCCAUGAUCGACUGGGCAGUUAUGACCUGGCGUUCUACCUGUCGGGAAUCCCUGCUCUGAUCGGUGGCGCUGUGCUGUGUGUGGUCCCGUUGUUGGAGUGGAGGAAGAGGAGGAACAGGGGCACAGGAGUAACGAGCUGA